UCAUCAUCGUCAUCGCAACAACAUCCACAAUCCUCUCCAUCUUUCUUCUCUCGUAAGACCCAAAUGGCUCUCAAAGCCGUCCACGUCUCCGACGUCCCUUCCCUCGACAUCGUGCCGGAGAAUGCCUCUUUGACCCUCUUCUCCACCCGCUUCUCCAGCGGGGUGGAGAUGAGUCGAAGUGGCUUCAAGAUGCCGAAGUUCGUUGCGAUCGGACACAGAGGACACGGCAUGAACGUAUUGCAGUCUUCCGAUCGAAGAAUGAGAGCCAUCAAGGAAAACACCAUCGCCUCCUUCAACGCCGCUUCCACUUUCCCUCUUGAUUUCAUUGAAUUCGACGUUCAGGUGACAAAAGAUGACUGCCCAGUCAUUUUCCACGACGACUUCAUUUUCUCCGAGGAGAAUGGUAGGGUGUUUGGGAAGAGAAUCACGGAGCUGAGUGUGUCUGAGUUUCUUUCCUAUGGUCUUCAAAGAGAGGACGGAAAGGAGGGAAAGGUUUUGCUUAGAAAAAACAAAGAUGGGAAGAUAAUGGAAUGGGACGUUGAGCAAGAUGACUCACUCUGUACUCUCCAAGAAGCAUUUGUCAACGUGGAACCCACUCUGGGGUUCAACAUUGAGUUGAAAUUCGACGAUUACAUUGUCUAUGAACAAGACUAUCUCGUCCAUGUCCUUCAGGCCGUCUUAAAGGUUGUGUUUGAUUAUGCCAAGGAAAGGCCAAUUAUCUUCUCAACUUUUCAGCCAGAUGCUGCAGUAGUCAUGCGGAAAUUGCAAAGCGAUUACCCUGUGUUCUUCUUGACAAAUGGAGGAUGUGAAAUUUACGAAGACGUUAGAAGGAAUACCUUAGAGGAGGCCAUGGAGCUAUGUUUAAAGAAUGGGUUGGAUGGAAUUGUUUCUGAGAUUAAGGGAAUAUUUAGAAAUCCUGGUGCAGUAACCAAGAUCAAGGAGUCCAACCUUUGUCUCCUUACGUAUGGCAAAUUAAACAAUGUGCCAGAAGCAGUUUACAUGCAACAUCUAAUGGGAAUCGAUGGGGUGAUUGUGGAUUUGGUCAAAGAAAUAACUGACGCAGUUGCGGAUAUGAUGAAGCCAACAAUGGCUGCUAAUGAAGAGGGUUUGACUGAAGAAGGGACUGGGAAGGUGGAGGUGCACUCAAAGCCUAAGUUUUCUCAGCAGGAGCUAUCAUUUCUUUUGAAACUCAUUCCACAAUUGAUACAACAUUAAAGCGAAGAAGAGGAGUUUCUUGCGGGUUUUAAUUGAUUUGCCUUUCCACAAAUAUAUCUUCAGUCUAGGAGUUCUUACGACUAUUUUAUUUUCUAUUUGUACAAACACUAGACCUGUGGAGAGGUCCAUAAAAGCUUAACCCUUGUACAUAUGUGUUGUUCUUUUCUCUUGAGGAUGAAGGAAAGAAUGAUUAAGUAUGAACCCAUUGUUCGUUGGUCCUCCAUUCAAAAAUUGUGGACAGAGGCUCUCUUCAUUGUAACAAUAUUACACGGUUGGCAUUCAUGUCAACCAUUCUAAUGUAAAAAAUGGCCGGAAGACUCUCCAUUCCAGUUUGUAAAGGUGAU